ACGAGUCGCACAAUAAUAAGGUGACACUAUAAAAUGACGGAGAGUUUCUUUCCAUUUGUCACAUCAGAAGAUAUAUAUAUAUAACGAUUCGAUAGACAGCACUCAAAUAAAGUGUUUUAAGGCAUAAGAAAGAGCCGAUCCAGAAAGUGAGGACAAAAUGAAUGACACAGAAGCAUCUUCAGGCUCGCUGACCAGCUGGCUGUGGUUGAGUUUGCUCACACUUGUCUGUGUCUUUAUCUGGCAGUCGUUGCAGAAGAUGUGGACAUUUAAAAGACUGGGCAUACCUGGUCCCGACCCUCUUCCUAUCUGGGGCAAUUCGUUAACACUGAUUAGAAAGGGGCAGAAAGAAAUGUUUCCUCUGUGGAAAAAGCAGUACGGAAAAGUCUUUGGUAUCAUGUCACCAUCGAGCUGCGUGGUGGUAGUACACGAUCUUGACUUGUUACGAGAAGUGAUGGUCAAGAGGUUCUCAUCAUUUGCCAAUCGAGGGACUCAGUCAGUUAUCAACUACAAGCCGUGGAAUCUUUCUUUGCUGGGACUGAAAAAUGACCAUUGGAAGCAUGUGCGAGGAACCCUUUCGCCGACUUUCAGUUCCGUCAAACUAAAGAAGAUGAUGCCUGCCAUAGAACGGGUUGUCCAUAACCUCGUGGACAACGUGCAAGAAAAAGCUAGAAACAAUGAAGCCGUGGAGCUAAAAAAGUUCUGCGCAUGCUUCACGAUGGACGUCAUCGCUGGCGCAGCAUUUGGCCUGCAGGUAGAUUCUGUGAAAAAUCCACAGGACCAGUUCGUCUACCACGGCCACAACCUCAUGUUCGGCCGACGAUGGGUGCUGAGGUUGUCGGCGUUCGUCCCAUGGUUGAUACCCGUCCUGAACAGGUUUGGCCUGACCUUUUUCCCUCCAGCGUCCUCACAAUUCUUUACUCGUGUUAUCGACAGAGCAUUGGAGGAACGGCGUCGACACCAAGACAAGAAGUUCCACGACUUCCUUCAGCUCCUCCUGGAGGCAGAGACGGACAAAGACGAGGAGGUGGACGCCGAGAUCGACCACAGAAGUUACCUGAGCAUGUCCACGCACUGGACACGCAAAGGCCUGACUCUGGAUGAAAUGCACGGGAAUGUGUUGUUAUUUUUUCUGGCCGGUCAUGACACCGUGUCCAGUGCCAUGUCGACCACUUUGUUCUGCCUUGCUGCCAACCCCGAGUGUCUGAGCAAAGCUCAGCAAGAAGUGGACAAGAAACUAGGACAGAGGCCACCAGACUACCAGUCCAUCAGCGAGCUGCAGUACCUGGACAUGUGCAUGAACGAGGCCAUGCGACUCCUGGGACCUAUCGUCGCGCUGGACCGUGAGUGUGUGGAGGAUACGGAGUUGGGAGGAUACAAGGUGCUCAAGAACAUGCGCAUUCUCAUUCCAAUUGAGGUCAUUCACAACGACCCCGACAUCUGGCCCGACCCCUCUAAAUAUGACCCGGAGAGACACACACCGGAAGCACGUGCUACCCGGCACCCGUUCAGCUUUAUGCCCUUCGGACUAGGCCCCCGCAACUGUAUUGGCAUGAGGCUGGCGCAGCUGGAGAUCCGGAUGGCUCUGGCAGCUGUUCUGCAACGUUUCACACCUGUCCUGUGUGAGAAGUCAGUGUACCCGCCCACGAACUUUUAUCAAGGGACCAAAGUCAGCAAGGACGGCUUGUGGAUUAAAUUCCAGCCUAGAGCAUCAGGGCCAUCAAGUGAGAAGAUGGCAUAGCCAGACAGGGAUAGCUGUGAAGCAGAAAUUGAAAGCUGUGUUUGACGUGAAACAUGUGAUCGUUGCAACAGAGAGAACUACUAAGAGGUGUAAAAACAUAUCAGUAGAAAAGCAAUGUAUACAGGA